AUGACUGCAAUGAAAAUGGAAUACAUUAUAAGGGCUCCUGCUCAUUGUAAAGUUGCCGCCGUCUCCUGUGAACCUGGUAAGAAUGUGCCUAAAGGAAAGGUACUUGUGAAGUUUGCGUCGUUGGAACAAGAUGAAGCUCAAAAGGUUGCCCAGCGUGCUUAG